UAAAAAAAUAUUUCACUCAUCCAUCUUCAGUAAGAGCUUUAAUCCUGGUCAGGGUGGCAGCGGAACCAGAGCUUAUCCCGGGAACGCUGGGCUUGAGACGGGAAUACACCCUGAAAGAGACCAACAUGUGAAACACCACACAGACAGUAAUCCUAGCUCAGGAUCGAACCGGCUAUCCUGUAGUCGAGAAGCGGCAACACUACAAGCUGCGGCAUUAUGGAGUUAAAAAUAAAUAAAUACAAAUUUGCAUGUACGACAAGAGCAAAAAAAAAAGGGGACGUUAGCAGCAUAAAAUGUAGACUGGACUGUAGACAAUUAUGUUUUAGUAAAUAAGCUGUGUUUUAAUAUUGAGAGAUUUAAAAUGUCUGUUAAACUACUAAUUAAAAAAUUAAAAAUACAUUUAUGCUUGGUGUAGGGAAUGGAUUUAAAUUAAAAGUAAAAUUUCUAUCAAGAUUUUGCAAUGUCUUUUUACAUUUUGUGGAAAAUAAACCUGAAAAUUGACAGUUGGAAGGAAAAAUUGAUUCAUUAUAAUUUUCAUUAUCAUUAUGUUAUUACUGGCAUAAAGGACCUUUUAUUAUUAUUUUUUUAAAAAAUAAAAACAUCCAGCCUGUAAAUAACGGUAAAAUAAACUUGGAGGCAGCAACAGCAAAACCACUGAUAGUUACAUGCAUUACAUUUGUUGGAGUAAAGAUGGUUAUGCACUGAGCUUUUUUGCUCCACGAAGUAUUUACACUUUGUUUUUUUUAAUGUACAUUUAUGAGGGCAUUACAGGGUGUGGUGAAAAUCCCUCAUGUCACUGGUUAGAAGCUGAGUGUCACAUUUGGCACCUUAUAAAGAAGCUCCAUCAGCUUAGCGCUCAAUCUGCCACCUCUCAGCCUCCUUCCUGAUCACAUUUACCCACUUUUUCUGCUAAUCUGCUCAAGUCUCCUUAAUCAAGGUAUAAAUACUGCUGUUUGGGCAGCGCGGAGACGAAGUAAGGCAAAUAGAAGCUGGAGAAAACAACGUUUUGUAUCCUGUGCUGACACACUGACAGUUUUAGACAUGUCAGGCCUGCACGGAUUUGAGGGGGAAAACUACUACAUCCCCAUGCAUAACCGCACAGGGCUGGUACGCGACCCGUUCUUGUACGAGCAGUACUAUCUAGCAGAGCCGUGGCAGUUCAGGCUGCUGGCCGUCUACAUGUUCUUUCUGAUCACCUUCGGUUUCCCCAUCAACGCUUUGACGUUGUUGGUCACAGCGCAGCACAAGAAGCUCCGCCAGCCGCUUAACUACAUCCUGGUGAACCUGGCUUUAGCCGGGUUGAUCAUGGUCAUCUUCGGGUUCACCAUCACCAUCAGCUCAGCGGUCAACGGCUACUUUUAUUUCGGGCCGACUGCCUGCGCUGUCGAAGGUUUUAUGGCAACUCUGGGAGGUGAGGUAGCGCUUUGGUCAUUAGUUGUACUGGCUAUUGAGAGAUAUAUUGUGGUCUGUAAGCCAAUGGGAAGCUUCAAGUUCUCAUCUUCCCAUGCGAUUGGUGGAAUCGGUUUCACUUGGUUCAUGGCUCUGACAUGUGCUGGUCCUCCUCUCGUCGGCUGGUCCAGGUACAUUCCCGAAGGCCUGCAGUGUUCGUGUGGACCAGACUACUACACACUGAACCCCAAAUACAACAACGAGUCCUACGUUAUCUACAUGUUCGUCGUUCACUUCAUUCUCCCUGUCUUUGUCAUCUUCUUUACCUACGGGCGGCUCGUGUGCACCGUCAAAGCGGCUGCAGCCGCCCAGCAGGAGUCGGCCUCCACUCAGAAGGCUGAGAAGGAAGUGACGCGUAUGGUCAUUCUGAUGGUGGUGGGCUUCCUAGUGGCGUGGGUUCCUUACGCCAGCGUCGCCGCCUGGAUCUUCUUCAACAAAGGAGCUGCCUUCAGUGCACAGUUCAUGGCCAUUCCUGCCUUCUUCUCCAAGAGUUCGUCUCUCUUCAACCCCAUCAUCUACGUGCUACUCAACAAACAGUUCCGUAACUGCAUGCUAACAACCCUGUUCUGUGGCAAGAACCCACUGGGAGAUGAAGAGACCUCGUCAACAUCCACCAGCAAGACAGAGGUGUCCAGUGUGUCCCCGGCGUAGACGCUCCUCUCGUCUUGGACGCGAGCUCGGUCCUCUCGAACCCUCACUUGUGUUUGGCAAGGUAAUCGCAGUCACUGCGAGUACAUCACGGCUUACUGAAAAACGUACUCCUCAUGAUGUUUCCUCAGCUGUUUGGUGACAUUUUUGCUGUUCAGGUCUUUGUCUUUAUUUCCUGUAUAUAUUUUUAUAUCUACAAGGCAUAAAAAAGACAAAAAACGAUGGUGUGAAUGUA